UUCAUUUUCUAUUUUUUUGGCGGGUUUAAUCAUUUUCAUUCAUCUAAUACUUGGUUCGUUGGAAUUGUUAAAUUGCAUUUGUUAAAUAUCGUUAUAAAUAUUUUUUAAUAUUAAUUUUAACUAUGGCAGAAGUUGUUGACGAUCAAAAAAAAGAAGAGAUUUCUGAUGUUCCUUUGGAUGAAAAAGCUAAUACUGAAGACAAAUUAAAAAAAGUUGAUACUGAAGAAGAAAAAGAAACACCGAAAAACGGGGAUGAGAAUACAUUAGCAUCAGAAUCAUCAGAAGAGGAACUUGGUUCUCUGGAAAAGCCUAUUGAAAUAUUAACCAAAAAAAGAGAUCGAAAAAGUGUUGAAAGAUUAUCUUUGAAUAAUGCUGAUUUAAAAAAAGCGCCAGAAAAUGACCUUGAUUAUUCAAAGGGAAAAGGAAUGAAGUUGGGUGAUAUUCAAUAUGUCAAAUACAUGAUAGAUAAAACACGUCCAGAAGACCUGAAAACACUACACAAACUUCUAUAUUUCAAACCAGGAAAAAAUACAACGUUGAAAAAAGAAAUACGCACAUUUUGUGGCUAUCCUUUUGAAGAGAGUUCAGAACUCAGUACUCGUGUUUCAUCCAUGAUGGAGAGAGUUUCAAUACCUGAAUUAAAAUUUAUUUCUGGAGUAUUAAGUUUAGAAAAAGGUGGUGACAAGGGAAAGUUAAAAGAAAAAUUGUUAGAGUUUUUAAUGAAGCCUGUUGAUACUGGAAAGACUAUACCUGGCACCAAAAAAACAAAAUCAAAAAAAAAAUCUACCGACUCUAAAGAUACAAAGGUAAGUAAUGCACCUAGUAAAAAAGCAAAAGAGGAAAAAGAUAACACAGAAAGUGAUGCUAUUAAAAGUGAAAGUGAAGAGGAUACAGAAAAGGAUUCUCCUAAAAAAAAAAAGAAAAAGCCUAAAGCCAUGUCUGUUAAAUUACCUGCUCCAAAAACAAAGACACCAUCGAAAAAGAAAGAAGUACCUAAACGUACAGCUGAUGAUAACUCUGAAAAUGAAGAUAUGCCAUUAUUAAAAAAAAGUAAAAAAGAGCCUUCAGACUCUGAUAUCAAGAAAGUUGUAAAGGAUUUGCUUAAAGAUGUUAAUUUAGAAGAAGUGACCAUGAAAACAGUUUGUAAACAGGUUUAUGAUCAUUUCCCCGAUUUCGAUCUCACAAGUAGGAAGGAUUUUAUCAAAUCUACAGUUAAAGAGACCAUCUCUUGAGGCGAAUGAAUGAGAUUUUGAUAAAAUAAUCGAAUAUUAAGCAGUGGCUAGAGAACAACUCGGAUCUAAAGAAAGAAAACUAAAUUAUUCGCUGUUUCUUUAAGUAUGUUGUAAUUUUCAGAAAUGGAUUUUAGUAUGGAAUUUUAAAAUUUUUACCUUGUGAAAUUAGCAAAAUAGAUGCGUGAA